AUGAAUUUUGCAAGUUUUGAUUCAGAUAGUUUUAUGUUAUCACCUGAAAAUGAUUUUUAUGGAAAUGAAUACGAAGCUUCAAGUUUUGAAAGUGAAAUUCUGACUGAUGAUGAUGAAAAUACAGAUCAAUAUUAUGAAAACGGCGACGAAGAUAAAGUAGAUAUUUCACAAGAUGAAUGUUGGAAAGUUAUUUCAUCAUUUUUUAAAAAACGUGGUAUCGUUCGUCAACAACUUGAUUCAUAUGAUGAAUUUAUACAAAAUGGUUUGCAAGAUAUAAUUGAACAAAAUAGAGAAGUGGUUUUAAUACAUGCGGAAGGUAUUGAUAAUAAAGGGAGAAGAAUUUGCGUUAGUACACUAGAAUUCGAUGGUUUACUUUUCAGCAGACCAACUAUUACAGAAUCAGAUGGAUCUGUAAUAAGAUUAUAUCCUCAAGAGGCACGUUUAAGAAAUCUCACAUAUGCAUCUCCACUUUUUAUUAAAACAAGACUUGGUACAGCAAUUGCUUGUGAAGAUAACCCUAAUUUUAAUGCGAUAUGUGAUGAACGUGAAGAAUUUACUCCUUGGCAAAAUAUUUUAAUUGGAAAAGGAGGUUAUUUCAUCAUAAAUGGUUCAGAAAAAGUUUUAAUCGCUCAAGAAAGACUAGCAAAUAAUGUAAUAUUUGUUUUCAAGAAACAACCACCAUCGCCAUAUGCUUAUUUGGCCGAAAUUAGAAGUUCGGGUGAAAAAGGAUUAUUCGUUAGAACAUUUACUCUUAAAUUAUUAUCAAAAUCUGGAGAUUUAGAUGAUUCUGAACGAUACAUUCAUGCCACUAUACCCUUUCUCAAGAAAGAUAUUCCAGUGAAAAUUUUAUUCGUUGCUUUGGGAGUUUCAAAUGAACAAGAUAUUUUACAACUUAUCGGUGCACUUUCGGAUGACGAAUUCACUGAAGUAGUAAAACCAUGUCUCGGAGAGGGAUUUAUAAUACAAACAAAACGGAUGGCAUUAGAUUAUAUUGGUAGAAGAGCUACUUCGCCAGGAAUUCCUCAAGAAAAACGUAUCGCAUUGGCCAAGAGAAUUUUAGAAAAAGAAUUUAUUCCUCAUUUAGGAGAAACUUUUGAAUUCGAAAAACAAAAGGCAUAUUUCUUAGGUUAUAUGAUUCGUCAACUUUUAUUAUGUUCUAUGGGAAGAAGACCAUUAGAUGAUCGUGAUCAUUUUGGAAAAAAGAGAUUAGAUCUUGCUGGUGCUUUAUUAUCAAAUUUAUUCAAUAAUCUCUUCAAAAAAAUGGUUAAAGAUAUGACAAUUCUAAUGAAGAAGAUGCUAGCAGAAAAACGUGAAAUUAAUCUUGAAAUGAUUAUUAAAUCACAAACGAUAACAAAUGGAAUGAGAUAUUCAUUGGGAACUGGUAAUUGGGGUGAUGCUAAAAGAGCGAUGCAAUCUAAAUCGGGUGUUGCUCAAGUACUUAAUCGAUUUACAUAUGCAUCUACUUUAUCUCAUUUAAGAAGAUGUAAUGCACCAGUUUCUCGAGGUGGAAAAGUCACCAGACCUCGUUACCUACAUAAUACUCAUUGGGGUUAUGUUUGUCCCGCGGAAACUCCGGAAGGGCAAGCUUGUGGACUUAUGAAAAAUUUAUCUUUAAUGGCAUAUGUUUCUGUGGGAUCAUCAAAUAAUUUAAUAAUUGAACAUAUUCAUGCUACAGGACUUUUAGAUUCACAAAUUAAUAUAAAUCCUGAUAUACAUUUAGCUACUAAAGUUUUAAUGAAUGGUAGUUGGAUUGGAAUUACUCACAAUGAUGAACUUUUAUAUAAUACAUUAAAGGAAUUGAAAAAAAGUGGAGAUUUUAAUCAUGACAUUAGUAUAGUCAAUGAUAUACGUUCUAAAGAAAUAAGAAUAUAUUCUGAUCCAGGACGAGUUUGUAGACCAUUAUUCGUAGUAAGAAAUUCGAGAUUGAAAAUAAAAAGGUCAUUGAAAAAAUCACAUAAUAAAAAAAAGAAUAUUUUUGAUUGGGAAAAUUUAAUAUAUAAUGGAUUUAUUGAAUAUCUUGAUGCAGAAGAAGAAGAAUUUGCUUUGAUUUGUAUGACACCGGAAGAUUUGAAAGAUUCAAGAGUAGGAUUUGCUUAUGAAUCUAUAGGAAUGGAACCUCCAACCCGUCCUCACAAUUGGAUAGAAAGGACAAAAAAACCAACCGCAUAUACUAAUAGAUGGACACAUUGUGAAAUUCAUCCUAGUAUGAUAUUAGGAGUUACAGCAAGUCUUAUUCCUUUUCCUGAUCAUAAUCAAUCCCCACGUAAUACAUAUCAAGCAGCUAUGGGAAAACAAGCAAUGGGAAUGUAUGCAACUAAUUUUCAAUCUCGAAUGGAUGUAGUUGCUCAUAUAUUAUAUUAUCCUCAAAAACCUUUAGUGACCACUAAAGUUAUGGAAUAUCUUAAAUUUCGGGAAUUACCUGCUGGUCAUAAUGCAAUUGUUGCUAUACUUUGUUAUGAAGGUUAUAAUCAAGAAGAUUCUAUAAUUAUGAAUCAAGAUAGUGUUGAUAGAGGAAUGUUUAGAAGUUUUAUCUUUAGAAAUUAUCAAGAAAAUGAAAAAAGAAAGGGAGUAGUAAGUUAUGAUGAAAUAAUGAAACCAACAUAUAGUGAUACAGUUGGAUUAAGAUAUGGUAGUGCUGAGAAACUUGAUGAUGAUGGAGUUGUUUCACCCGGAAUGCCUGUAACAGAAGGCGAUAUUUUAAUUGGAAAAACUACAACUCUUACCCCUGAAGAUGCUAUGUUAGGUCAAAGAGGAAUUUGUCAAAAAUAUCGAAAUUUAUCAACAACUUUACGACGUUCUGAAGCGGGAUUUGUGGAUCACGUUGUUAUUACUUCAGAUCAAGAUGCAUUAAAAUCAGCUAAAGUUCGAGUUAGAAAUACUCGAAUUCCUGAGAUGGGAGAUAAAUUUGCUAGUAGACAUGGACAAAAAGGAACUAUUGGUAUUUUAUAUCGUCAAGAAGAUAUGCCUUUUACUCGUGAAGGCAUAAUUCCUGAUAUAAUAAUAAAUCCUCAUGCUAUUCCAAGUCGUAUGACUGUAGGUCAUUUAAUUGAAUGUUUACUUGGCAAGUUAGUAGUUCUUACAGGAAACGAAGGCGAUUCUACACCUUUUACAGACGUGACAGUAGAUUCAAUUUCAUCAAAAUUAAAAGAAUUAGGACAUAAUCCUUACGGUAAUGAAGUAAUGUAUAAUGGAUACACUGGAAAAAAAUUAGAAGCACGCGUUUUCAUUGGUCCAACUUAUUAUCAACGGUUGAAACAUAUGGUUCAUGAUAAAAUUCAUUCUCGUGCUCGAGGUCCUCUUAAUAUUUUGACUCGUCAACCAGUUGAAGGACGUAAUCGAGAUGGAGGUUUACGUUUUGGUGAAAUGGAAAGAGAUUGUAUGAUUUCUCACGGAACUGCAUUAUUUUUGAAGGAACGAUUGUUUGAUGUUUCAGAUCCUUUUUAUAUGCAUGUAUGUGACUUAUGUGGUUUAAUGGCUUUGGCAAAUAUUUCAAAAGGAAUUUAUGAAUGUAGAAUUUGUAAAAAUUCCACAAGGGUUUCUCUCGUUCAAAUACCUUACGCUUGUAAGAUGUUGUUCCAAGAAUUAAUGUCCAUGAAUAUUUCUCCAAGAUUAUAUUUAGAAACUUAA